AUGAAUGUAUUUGAUGGAUCUGACGAAGAGGACAACAAUCCGUUCAGUGGAACCACCCACCUUUAUGCAUCUGGGAUAGCGGCUGUAACAGAUGGUCCCGACGAUUAUGACUUCACGGAGCCAUCAAUAAAUGGUAGCAGUGACGAGAAUGCUCAAUCCAAUGCAGUAGCUGAACCGAUCGAGGAAACUGACGAGCCAGCCGAGGAAAUUGACGAUGAUACAUUACAGACUUGGAGAUUUGCUAGUGCUGAACUUUCGAGGUCCAGUGCGUUUGAGACUUCGUAUACGAACCUUUUAGGGCAAGGCAAAAAUCCAGAAGUAAUACGUAUUGUUGAUGCAGGCCAAUAUAGAGACAUUUAUGGCAAAUAUGCAAUCGGUUAUAAGAUCGAAUUUGGAGGCAUUGUGGUAACUAGGAGAUAUUCUGAAUUCGACUCAUUAAGGCAAUCUUUAUGCAGGUUGUUACCUACAAUUAUUAUACCACCCAUUCCUUCAAAGCACCCCAUUAUAAAGUAUUUGUUCAAUCCUUUGCAUGCAAAGAAGGAUAUCAAAAUUAUAGAAAGAAGACAGAGGCUAUUAUCAAGGUUUUUAAAUAACUGCCAUAAAGUGAGAGAGAUAAGGAAUCAUAUCGUGUUUCAAAAAUUCUUGAAUCCAGAAUAUUUCUGGAAGGAAGUUUUAAAUACCCCACCGAUCUCAAUCCUACCAAUGAAUAAUCUUUUAGCGCCUCCAUUAAAUCCCACGAAACCAAGCCCCAUACAUUUAUUAUUGCCAACACCUACGGUGCUGACAAUGCGUAAGCAUGAACAAUUGAUAGGCCGGAACGAUGUGAUGGAGAUCAAGUUCGCGGAUUACGAUUCAGAUCUCAUCAGGUACAAGGCGAUCCUACAACCUUUGAACAAGACCGUUAGAAGUAUAAGGUCGAAUAUUCAAACUUAUUCGGCUGUUUUAUCUGAACUCGGCGCGUAUUUCAACGCGUUCAGUCUAGAGAAUAGCGUGUUUCAAGUGAGUGCAUUAUUUGAACAAAUGAAUCGUCUAUCGAUGGGAAUAGAGAAGACAGGUCAAGCAAUCGAUGUGAAUUAUGUUAGUGCAGAGAUAUUUAGUGAAGCAAUCAUGAUCAGUCUAGAAGAGGGAAGCAAAGAAAUGCUUCAGUUCAUUCAUGAAGCACAAAGAGUUCUUCACUUCAGAAAUUUCAAGCAAGAACAAUUUUACACAAUUGAAACUACGAUAAAGAAGAGGAAAGAUAGAAUCCGUGAAUUGAAAGAGGCAGACCUACAAGCUGUACGAUUGGGCGAGGCAUUGAAAUUAAAUGCAGAGGAAUCACCCACCGUUGCUCAAGUUAUGGACUCCAUGACGCGUAAGUCAGCAAACAAGAAUCACACGGACAAACAGAUAAUGGGGCUUUUCAGGUCAUCAGCAUCUCCAAACAACAAGUCUGGAUCUGAUUCGAUUUCAAGUGAAGUCGAACCUCAUCUUCUAACUAAAGACGAACGGGUUGUACAGGUAAACAAACUAGAAAAGGAACUUGAAAAACUGAAUGAAUGUUUCAAACUCAUCGAAAAGGACUUACAACAAGUCAAUGAGUCAAUGGAUAACUCUUUGAAUAACUUAGAGAAAUAUUUCCAUGAGAAGUGGUUCCUCAUUUUCCGCGAACUAGCCCACAAUAUAACAUCAUGGUUAAAGGAUUGUUCAGAGUCUUGGAAAAAUGCCAAACAGUCUAUAGAUAGCAUAUAA